GCACUCUCACGUUGGUCGUUUUCGUAGUCGUUGUCGUCGUCGUCGAAAUCAACGACUUGAUGGAAAUUUUAUGAACAUCGCGCUGCUAUUAAAACGAACCAUUAUAAAAUUCUAAAUAGUGCAUUAGAAACAACAUAAUUUCUCCAUUCAUUUGCAAAAAAGUGCAUAAAAAUCAGAACACUAAAAGUGCCCGAAAAACGCCUUUGAAAAAACCCGCAUUGAAACCAUUUUGUGUGAGUGUGACAAGAAAAAAUGCGCUGCUGCCUCUGCUGGAAACAAAAAAUGCGCUCGCCAUUUUGACUCGCGCGACAACCAAAUUUUUACUUGCUACUAUCAAAAUAAUCACUUUGAACUGUGCCACAGCGUAGUCUCUUACGCCCCAAUAUAAGAACAUCUGUGAAUUGUACAAAGAAUAUUUAAUACACGUGUUACAAUUGUGAACCCCAAAAAAAAACUACAGAGAUCAUCGCGGGCCGCGCCACACAAAUACAGAUAUAAAAAGUACACAUAUUCACUUGCAUACACCGAGGCAGGCAUUCAACAUACACAUACACACGUUGCGACUACGUGCUUCAGUUCCRUUCUGUUCUGUUCUAUUGGCAUUGAUAUCUUUUGGCGGGGCGUGUUGGUGAACAGUUAGUGUCCCCUCCCAGAAAUAUAAGCGCAAAUACAAAAUAGUCGCAGUCGCCGCAGGUAGCAGCGAAAUCAAUUCAGCAACGGCUAAGGGUGCUGGGCACCAAACAACAGGCGAAUCGUCGUUACUACACCUGUCCUUCUGCCCAUUACACCUGAAAAUGGCGCAUACCUCGGCGACAAAUCAAACGAGCGGCGCGGUUAAGACUGAUGAGGUCAACUUUUUCUUUCAGGAUGAGCACGGACAAAUUGCCAAAGUGUUGAAGCCAGUUGUAGUGAAGCAAGCACACUCCAUGGAUAAGUCAAGUUUGGUCUUUCCGAGCAGCUCCACACGCAACGGAGGGAGCGGAAGUGGCGGCAUCGGCAAUGUAGGUCGAGUGGGCGCCCUAAGUCACAUGAGCACAACGAAUCAGGGACAAUUUAUACGUAUUCAAGACAAUUGUAUAACUAUUCCAAAAACCGAAAUUACUUCAUAUACACCUGUGUCAGCGCAAAAAACCAGCAGUGCUGGAAGUGCGGGAGGAGGCAUGCACGAGAUAAAGAAUGAGCGAUAUGUCAAAUUUACGCCAAAUAACGUCAUGAAAAUGAAAACGAAAUUGCACGUCAUUCAGAACAGUCCCAUGCACACAGCGCCCGCCUCUUCUUCGUCAGCGCAAAGGAAACGAAAAUCCGAUAAAGCCGGCAAGGGACUGCGUCACUUCUCGAUGAAGGUAUGCGAGAAGGUGCAGGAGAAGGGCAAGACGACAUAUAAUGAGGUGGCGGACGAUUUGGUUGCUGAGGAAAUGAAGAACAAUUCAUACGAUAAUAACUGUGAUCAAAAGAAUAUCCGGCGUCGUGUCUACGAUGCGCUUAACGUACUGAUGGCAAUCAAUGUUAUUUCUAAGGACAAAAAAGAAAUCCGUUGGAUCGGCUUACCUGCCAACUCAGCCGAGCAAUUUAAUGCCUUGGAAGAGCAAAACAUGUUGUGCCGCGAGCGAAUCAAGCAAAAGAAUGAAAUGUUGCGGGAAAUGAUCAUGCAACAUGUGGCAUUCAAGGGCCUCGUUGAGCGCAAUAAGCGAGCUGAAAGCCAGGGCGUGGUGCCAUCUCCGAACUCAUCCAUUCAACUGCCGUUCAUCAUUGUGAAUACGCACAAAUCGACAAAAAUCAAUUGCAGUGUAACCAACGACAAAUCCGAGUACAUUUUUAAGUUCGAUAACACAUUCGAAAUGCACGACGACAUUGAGGUCUUGAAACGCAUGGGCCUUCUUGCGGGCUUGGAUACGGGUGAAUGCACCGCAGAGAAUAUAGAACGUGUCAAGUCAUGGGUCCCACCAAAUCUGGCCAAAUAUGUGGAAGCUUACGGCAAUGGCAAAAUGGAUCCGAUGUACGACUCGGAUGACCAUGACGACUUCAAUCCGUACCUCGAAUCAACCAAUGAGUCUCAGGGCUUUGCACAACACACACAGCGUACCACCGAUGUCGAGUUCAAGGAGGAGCUGGACGAUGAUGAGCUGGAGGAUGACAUCGAUUGAGGUGACGACGAUGCGGACGUGGAUGUGGACGCGUCAUGGGCGAUGGGCUCCACUGCGCAAGCUGCUGAUGAUAUUGGCAAUGGCUACGCGGAGGAUACGUUUAGUUUUACGUUUAUUAACGCUUUGUUAGGACUGCCACGCCCCACUGGCUAGGUGAUCCAUUUCUCACACUUGUCUUUUUACACAAAUACACACACACACUUACACAACAAAAGCACACACACACACAAUC